AUGGCGAGCACUCAGCCUGUACCUGCUCGUCAGGACAGCUCGUUCACAGACGACAUAGAGAAGAAGGACAACUCCUCGUCUAACGAGAAGCUUGGUUAUGUGGAUACCGUGGGUUAUGAUGACGACGACGCAUCGGGGGAGUUGCGUUUGAAGCAGGCGGAGGAGCUCGAAGCUCGUUUGGCAGCUGGAACGGCUGACGACAGCGAGUACCUCGUCAAGGAUGCGCAUGACAUUGCCAUCAAGGUGUUGAGUACUCGGGAUGACUACGAGCUUCCCGUUAUCACUUUUCGUAUGUUGUUUCUCGGUCUCGGCUUUUCCGCCUUCGGAUCUGUUCUGGCACAACUAUACUACUUCAAGCCCCAGACCCUCCUAGUCUCUGAAAGUUUCCUGUUGAUCGUGAUAUACUUUAUUGGUAAACUAUGGGAAAAGACCUUGCCUUCUCGUGGUCUCUUCCGGUUCAUCAAUCCUGGUCCAUUUAACAUCAAAGAGCACGGCGCCGCUCUGAUAAUGGCUUAUACUGCUAGUGCUUCGGCCACCGCCAUUCAGGUCAUUUCGGUCCAAGAUUUGUACUACAACAACGAAUUGAACCCUGGAAUCGCCAUCUUCACUCUUCUUGCAUCUCAGCUCGUCGGAUACGCUUUUGCCGGACUUCUUCAAGAAGCUCUUGUCUACCCCUCAAUAUGCUUUUGGCCCACGGUAAUCACACCUGCAAACAUGUUCCAAGCACUUCAUUUUGACGGCGGAUUGUCGAGUAAGAGGACCAAGAUUUUCUGGGGUCUUUUUGCCUUUGUUUUCGUCUACGAGAUCAUUCCUCAGUGGAUUUUCCCCCUACUUACGGGAGUGAGCAUCUUCUGUUUGAUCGACCAUACCUCAUCCGUUAUGCGUAACGUCUUUGGAGGAGCUAGCAAUAACGAGGGCAUGGGGCUUCUAGCAGUUUCAUUUGAUUGGAAUCUUAUCACCUCAGAGAAUCUUUACACCCCAUUGUGGACGCAACUCAAUCAGGAUAUCGGCGUAGUACUUACCUACAUUCUGAUGUGUGCUGUGUACUACGGCAAUAUCUGGCAAGGGCUCAAAUUCCCCUUCAUGUCUCAAGCUAUUUUCGACAGCGACGGCAAUCAAUACAAUCAGACUGCCAUUCUGACGAACAACAAGUUUGACCCUGUGAAGUAUGCUGAAAUUGGACCCGCCUGGUUUUCGUCCACUAAUGCACUGUACUUCAUUACCGCAAAUCUUGCCAUGGGCGCCACUAUCACGCACGUCGCUCUCUUCUACUGGGAUGAGCUUUUGCCCUUCUUCCUUGCUUUAAACCCUUGGAACAAAACUGCUCACAUCAUCCAUGACGAGCACUAUCUUGUAAUGAAACGUUAUCAGAAAGUUCCUCGGUAUUGGUAUCUUUGUCUUUUAGCAAUUGCGUAUGGUAUGGCUCAGGCCACAAAUUACACUGGCCAUUCGAACUUUACUUGGUGGCAGCUCACUGUUAUCCUAUUCAUUUCCAUGUUCUUCACUACAGCAUAUUCUACAACCUCUGCUAUUCUCGGAUACAAGGAAUUCAGCACUCAGCUCGAUGGUUUCUACUCUAUGAUCGGUUCUUAUAUGGCUCCCGGUGACCCCAUUUCAAACAUGUACGCCGCAUUGUACGGGAGUCAGCCCACUGUCCAGGGUAUCAAGCUGCUUGGUGACCUGAAACUUGGACAGUACCUUAAAAUCCCUCCCAAAGUCAAUUUCCUCGUUCAGAUAAUCGGUUGUGUCGUUGGCGCUCUCUUGAACUACGUUAUGGAGCUCUCAAUUGUGAAGAAUCAGAGGGCGGCUUUGCUUACAAUCGCCGGUACCCGUUUAUGGUCGGGACAGAACGCCCAGAGCUUCAAUUCAAACGCUAUCUCAUGGGGUGCCCUCGGACGUGAGAUGUUCAGUCCGGGCAAAACCUACUACAUGGUUCCCGUUUCUCUUGCUAUCGGCGCGGUAUUCCCUAUCAUUCAGUAUGGUCUUUACCGCAAGUGGCCCCGCAGUGCCUUCCUUAAGAACUUCAACACGAGCGUCGUUCUACAAUACUCGUGUUAUCUAUCUGUCGGGGUAAACACACAAGUAAACACUUCCAUGCUGCUAGGUGUCAUUUCCCAAUGGUGGGUCCGUCAGAAAUAUCCUCGUGCUUUUACCAAAUACAACUACAUUGUCGCUGGUGCUUUGGAUGGAGGAACCCAGGUCAUAUCGUUCAUCUUGAAUUUGGCAAUCUUCGGUGCUGCGGGCCCUGCUGUCCCGUUCCCUAACUGGUGGGGCAAUGACCUCAAGUACUCUGCUGAUAGGUGUAUGGCGCCUGCUUCAUAG